UUAUAGCAGGAAUGCGGCGGGCAUUCUGACACUGGGGGGAACUGACUUGGUGUCACUGACAUCCCCAGUGACACCAAUAUGGUGAUCAGUGCUAACAAAAAGCACUGACACUGUACUAAUGGCACUGGGCAGGAAGAGGUUAACAUCUGGGGCGAUCAAAGGGUUAACUGUGUGCUGUUUUAUUGUGGGCUGUGUUAGUGCUUUCAACUGUAAGCACACUGCUUUGUACAACUGUGCUAUGCAGAGCCAUACAAAGCAGUAUUCUGGAGCUGACAGGGGAGAGAACUGUAUUGUUUACAUACAAUUCUCUCCCUCCGUCGAAAUGCAAAAUCAU